AUGGCCGCCAUAUUUGGCGAUAUCCUUGGCCCACGCAAACUACGUAGUGUGGCAGCUGAAGAGAAAAAUGACAGUAGUAACCCGAGAGCGGGGACGCUGGUAACCGUCUGCCAGUAUCAGGAGCUAGUGGAUGGAGUACCGCUUACUCCGUCAAAGAAGAAGCCGAUGAUCGACCAGAACCUAACAGAGCGUUCAGAGAGGAACUAG